UCUCCCCCCUCCACAACCUUUACCGUUGUAAACUCCCAACUCGUUUCGUUGUUACUGCUACCACUGGUGGCCGUCAGCAGAAGUGAUUCAGUUUCUAGUGCACUUGUAACUGCUGUAAUUAUUGGUGCGUACAUAAUUAAUCUGAGCGUUUGUAUACUAGUGUUACCAUAUAUGUAUUAUUUCUUAUCGAAAGUGGCUUUCUCUGCUUACGUGUGUCAGUGUUUAAAUUAUUCCUGUGUAUAAUAUUAAACUAAUGUUGGGAUCGAGACGCUGACAAAGGUCAUUUUAUAUCAUUAAGUGAAAGAACUGUUAAAUAAAAAAUUAUUAUACACUGCAGUGAGAAAAGUGAGUGAUAAAAUGUCAACAACAAGCACUAAAAUCUAUUCGGAUGGUCAUGAAAUUGAUGGCAGUUGGGUGCUACGAGUGUACGUCACAGACCUUAAUAUCCAGCGCAGCCUCAGAGUUAAAGGUGAUCUUCACAUCGGUGGCGUUAUGCUACGUCUUGUCGAAGAUUUGGACAUAGCAAUGGAUUGGUCAGAUCACGCACUAUGGUGGCCAGCUCGCAAUCAUUGGCUGACUAGGACGAGAAGUACUCUUGAUCAGUACGGUGUGGCAGCCGAUGCUAUUCUUGAUUUUACACCGAUGCACAAAAUAUUAAGAGUCCAACUACCAGACAUGCGAUAUUUCGAUUAUCGCGUCGACUUUUCUGUAAAGACUUUCAAUACCGUCAUAAAUCUUUGCAAACAAUUAGGUAUUAGACAUCCCGAAGAAUUAUCUUUUUGUAAACCUCUAGACGCCUACCACCUCAACUACAAUUUGAAGGACUUGCAGCCAAAAAAAAAAAUUGAAAGUCAGAAAAAUGGUUAUUACGUAGCUGCUGAUACGAAUACCUUUAAAGCAGCUACGCACAGUGCUAAAGGUUCUACGAGCAGCCUCGAUCAGCAGAAUGCAUUAAAAUGUACUCCGAUGACAGCAAGCAAUCACAGAAAUAACCACAGCACGCCAAUAAACUCGCCUGUAACGCAUACAGGAACUUGGAAACGAAACAACAAUACUCUUGGUUUUAGUAGCAUAAGCUCUUUCAAUGCCAAUAACAGCACAAUGAAUUCAGAGCCACUCAACAAUGGAUUAAAUGAACUUCUUAUUCAAAGUCCAGUAUCUGUAUCACUGGAUAUUCGCUCCAAACUAUUACGUCCCAAAAACCUUAUCGAGCGAGCGCGUAUGAACGUCGCUUGGCUAGAUUCGUCUCUCUCGAUUAUGGAACAGGCAAUACGCGAGUAUGAUACGCUAAAUCUUAGAUUCAAAUUCUACUCAUUUUAUGAUCUUAAUCCAAAAAUCGAUGCUGUCAGAAUCAAUAUGAUUUAUGAACAGGCUAAGUGGCAGCUCCUGACCGAAGAGAUUGACUGCACCGUGGAUGAAAUGUUAAUGUUUGCUGCAUUACAAGUGCAGGUAAAUUUACAAGCAAGUAUCCCUCAGUCAAGUUACGAAAAUAGCGGAUCACAGUUACCAGUUGAAGACGAUAUAGAUGCAGCUUUAACGGAUCUACAAGUUAGUCUCGAGGGCAGUAAUAUAAGCAAUGGGCCGAGUGAUAUCACUCAGAUACCUGAGCUAUGUGAUUAUCUGCGUUUCUUCAAACCUAAGCGAUUCACUCUUAAAACUUUUAAGCGCUAUUGGUUUACCUGUCGUGAUUUACAGCUUAGACUUUACAAAGCUCAAGAAGAUUCGAAUAAUUCUGAAACACCCGUGCAUAUCAUAAAUCUCAGAGGCUGCGAGGUCACACCAGAGGUACAUCUAUCUCAAGGACGCUAUGGUAUCAGACUUGAAGUGCCAAGCACGGAGGGCAUGGUAGAAAUAUUAAUAAGAUGCGAUACGGAACAACAAUAUGCUAAGUGGAUGGCUGCAUGUAGACUUGCAGCAAAAGGUCGUACUCUUGCUGAUGCUUCUUAUGAAAGUGAAGUUAAUGGUAUUACAGCAUUUUUACAACUUCAAAGGCCUAUCCCUGCUGCAGCAAUUAAUCCUAAUUCACUUGGAGAUAUUAUUCCAGAAGAGUACAUUGCACCACGAUUUGCCAAAAAAUUUAAAGGAAAAUUGAUUCAACGAAUUCUUGACUCACAUGCAAACGUUAAAAAUUUACCAUUAAUUGAAGCUAAAUUAAAUUAUAUUAAAGCGUGGCAAUCGUUACCAGAAUACGGAAUAUCCUUAUUCGUUGUUCGAUUUACUGGAAAAAAUAAAGAUGAAUUAUUAGGUAUUGCAAGUAACAGAGUUAUGAGAAUGGACCAACAUACUGGUGAUCAUUUAAAAACUUGGAGAUAUAACACUAUGAAGGCAUGGAAUGUUAAUUGGGAAGUAAAACAUAUGAUGGUUCAAUUUGAAGAAGAAAAUAUAAUUUUCGAGUGUCAAUCAGCUGACUGCAAAGUGCUACAUGAAUUUAUUGGUGGUUAUAUUUUCUUGUCAAUGCGUUCUAAGGAAGCUAAUCAAACACUAAACGAAGAGAUGUUUCAUAAACUUACAGGUGGUUGGGAUUAAAAUUCAACCAAAGAAAAUAAUCAACCGAUAUAUCGGCAAAUGCUUACAUUUUAAAUAAAUUUUAUAAACUUUAAAACA